AUGGGUAGUGGCAAGAUUGUAGACGGUGCCAAUGACUAUGAUCUACAAGUAAAGAUGCGGGAAAGUGGAAGCUUCGCGAAACCUCCCUACCUCGCCUCCGAGACCGGAUUUUCCCCAACAUUCUCCGAUAUCAUGCAGGUGCCGAGUUUCCCUGGACCAAUGAGAGGGAUGCAAAACUUCCAGUACAGUAAUUCCCCUGCCUCAACGAGCUCUAAUAAUACCACUUACAACGCAAGUUUAGCUAAUAAUGGUAACUGCAGUAGUAGCAUGAGUAAACAAACUAACACAGAGCAGAGGGUUACAAAUCCAGUCACUGCUGAUACCAUGUUCAAUGCUCGCAUGAACCGAGGUACCAUGUUUUAA